AUGAGUUAUUCCCUCCACCCGAUACUUUUGGCGGCCUGCUUGGUGCUCCUGCUUUUCGUGACAUCCACCCAUGGUUUCCAGUCCCCAGCAGCAGCUACCACCACCAACAACAAGAGGGCACUCUGGAUGAGCGAAACCGAAACUCCCCCUCCGUCCUCUAAAAGUGGCUAUGUCCCCAAAUGGAAAAAGAAGAAAACUUUGGCGGAUGAAGGUGACGGCAUGGAUUUCAAAGAUAAAGGUAUCAAGGGCACCAUCAAUGUGGUCUUUCAACAAGGCGACGAAACCAAAUCUACCAUGGCCAUGCCAGGACAACCUCUUCGAGACGUGGCGACGCAAGCGGGACAAUUCAUCAAGUACGGUUGCGGCAAGGGAGAAUGCGGUACCUGUGAAGCCAUGUGCGAUGGAAAAUGGAUCCGUCCCUGCAAAGAUGUCGUGCCGGUGGGACAAGACGAAAUUGUCGUGACCGUCAAGGAAAUUGCCAGCAAGACGACCAGCUCGGGAACAUUCUUUUCCGUCAAAUCCUUCUUUAUGGGAUUCUAUAACAAUCUCUUGGGAAUGGUCGGCUUUGUCAAGUACCGACGCAAUGCCAAGGAGAACUGGAAUGAACGACAAGAGUACGAAGAUCUCAUUCGACAAAAGACAGAAGAGAAAAAGAGGCUACGAAAGUUGCAGAAACAAGCUGCCAAGGCGAAUGGGAGUAACAAUGAUACUAAUGGAAGCCUGAGUCCAUGA